UCAAAAAGUGCGGAAAAUAAAUAGAGUUCAACAUCGUAACGCUAACGGUAUUUCAAAACAAAGUUAUGUUCGGAUAUUUCCAAUGCCACCUUCAUAGAAAGUUGACAGUAUACAUGAUAUAGUUUUUGGGAAACGCUGAGAAGUUGUAUUUGUCUGGAAUUCAUGAUGUAUCUUGACUGAGUUAGAGUUCGCUUUGGUGAGCGAUUGUUAUUGUAUUUGUAUGAACUGAUAACUUAGUAAGCGGUUGGCCGUCCAUUUCCGACACUAAUUUGUGAGAUUGCAGAGUUGCCAACCCUAACAAUGGCAACCCCGGCAGCAGAGAAGCGUAAAUCACCAAACAGUCUAAACACUAGUAGUAAAAGUUCUGCAACCGACCAAGGGAGUUCAUACACCGUCAGUAUGGCUAUCAAGUUUUUCAAAAAUGAUGUUUCCAACAGGAAGGUCCGAGGGAAUGCAGCUUUAAUCCUAGCCAUUCAACAAGUUGAGCUAACUGCUAAGAGGGAAGGCUUGACAGCUAGGGACAUCUCUCAACUUCUUGACGUGGCUGCGUCUUCAAAGUUUUCGGACUCCAUCAGUUCCCGCCUCAUCAAGAGUCUCCUCCCAUCAGAUAAGAUUCCUCAAGAAGCUGUGAUUAAAGCAGUGUCAUGGAUGUGCACCAAUAAACCUUCAAAUGAAAUACAGGGUUUGUUGCUGAAAUGGAUGAUAUUGACCUACGACCUUUUGGAUGGAAGUGACGACCUCCAUGCCUUGUAUGGGAUCCUAUUCCAUUUUGUGGAGAAUGACGUUCUGUGUCCUCAAGUCUGUCAUCUGCUAUACCUUCUCACAAGGAAACAAGACGUUCUUGCUUUUAGAGUUCACCGCCUUCUUAGUCUUCAGAAGAGAGUGGGAGUCCAACCUCACAUCACAGGCUUACUCUCAGUCUACAAGAUGUACCGCCCCCAUCUUGUUUCCCUGGUGGCUCCGCCCACUCAGAGGGUGUACUUUCGUCUGACUGUUAAGGCGUGGUCAGCGGAGGUCGACAAGGUCAAAGAGCGGUUACGGAAUCGUGAAGAAGGCUCAGAGGCUGCUGCUCUGGAGAGGUUGCAUGGUCCUGCGCAAGAGUCAACACAGAAAUCCAAGAAGAAGAAGAUAGAGGUCAUCCCCAAGGUCAGUUCCUCGCUGAUGUCACAAGAUGGAUCAGGGGAUGCUGGUUACCAACUACCUGGUUCCCCUCAGGGCAAAGUACCCCUGCAACACAUCAAGACGUUUGAGGACUUACUACAAAAUAUGAAUAGAUUGGAGCUACCUGGUCAGAUAGCGGCAGUAUUAGAAUCCCCGUACCUCCAGCAUGCUAUCUGUUGCCAUUCAGAACAACACACUGUACAAAGAUUAAGCUUCUGGCUUUAUCAAGUCUUACAUCAAGAACUACUGGAUAACUCAUCGGAUGGUCCCAACUCAAGAGCAGAGAGAUUGCUUCAGACUCUGAUCAACUUUACCGACUUCUUGCACGAAGACGUUCCAGUGUGUGAAAACUUUCUGGUCAAGUAUCUCCACACAUGGAACGGUUCAGAUUAUAGGCCAUACAUCCUGAGGCUCAUCACCAGAUUCAGAAUGUACCCGUUCCAGAAGUUGAACGACCUGAUCCUUGAGCCGCUGCGGUCUUUAUUCUUUUGCUCGUCCGUGUUCUUCAAGUGUCAGAUCAUCUACACACUGACGGAGCUUCUUCGUAACUACGUGUCCAUCGAGCUCCCUCGCCAUACCAACACAAUCUGCAACCAAGCUGUUAAAGAUGCUUCGGAGAUCCAACACACAGGGGACUCUCUUCGUGCACAGACUCAAGUGUCCGUCUUCGAGGUACGUGUAGACAAUUUCCAGGCUCUGCAUACCAUUCAAGAGUUGACGACGUACGUCGACAGAAUCAGCGGUCUCGGACUCAUUAUUGAAAAAGACAACGUGCUACUCAUGCAUUAUGUGCUAGAGUUCUUCGAAUUGAUAUCGUGUCUUCAUCUACGAUACGCAGUUCCUUUUGCGUACGUCCCGUCGUCUGGUACUUUCUACAGGGCUCUGUUUGCCAGUAACGCCAUGUCCUGUUCUCGGCUCUGUAAAAUCAUCUGCAAUUACAAAGAUGCAUUUCAAGCCCUGAAGAAGAUGGUUUCCAAUGAGGAGUCUGACCUUCUGUUCACGAACAUCAUGAGGGAUGGCAUCCAGCUCCUUAACCAAUACAUCUUAGAUAUGAGCAACGCUUUGUGGAGAAACAAAGCUUUCCUUCACUCCAACAAGACGGUAGUCUUUGAUAUCCCAGUGACGACGUUACAGACGACUGGCGUUAAACACAUCAACGAAGCAUUCUCAAUACAUCUCCAUAUGGCCAUGCUGCCGUUUGCCUGCAGUUUCCUCAAACAGACGCAGCCGAAAGGCAAGAAGGUUCAUCCGAGCUUGAUCAGAUCAUCAGAGCGAGACACCUACCUGGAUUUCCUGAAGAGAGAACGCCUCGACGGAAUCGUCUCUUUCAUCAAUACGUUCAUCAAACGGAAUGUGAUCCAUCCGACCCCACAGAAACAAUCUAGUAAAUGAAAGUGGGACAAACCGAUUUGGAAGACCCAUCGACCCGAAGGAACAACCGGCCAGAGAAUGCAAAGACAAGGAAAUAAGGUCAGAUAAACAAUGGAAUAGUCUCUUUCAUCAAUACGUUCAUCAAACGGAAUCUGAUCAAUCCAACCCCACAGAAACAAUCUAGUAAAUAAAAGUAGUACCAACUAAUCCGGAGGACCCAUGGAUUUGAUUGGACGAAUUGACUGGAAGUACCUGUUGACCAGAAAGACCCAUCGGCCAGAGAAUAACAGACCAACAAGGAAAUGAGGUCAAAUUCAAGCUAGCUCAUGGUCAGAGAUUCAUCAUGUUUAGAGUUCUCGCCCAGUGUGAUCAAACUAAGGCCCAACUUCAUAGAGCUGCUUCGGCAGUAAACAUUGCUUAUAUAACAGUUUCUUGCUUAGCAGAAAUGAGCUGGUAAGCGUAGUUUUGUCAUGCUGAGCUUUUUUUGUGCACAAGCAGCUCUAUUUUAUUAUAAAGCUGCUUGAGCACCAAGAUUUUGCAGUAGCACCAUCGCCAUAUCGCCAUAUCAAAGUAUCAAGAGAGGGCGCUGUUGAACCCACACAAAGAUAUAGGCGAUGCGUGCGCGAGUCGUGCAUGACAACAUACAUCGCAUAGCAAACUGCCCCAUACUACUUCCCACAACACAUUGCGGUUCUGAAUCACGAUAAACCUUAUGUGUAAACAUCAUUUGAGAAGUGUGGGUUCUGAAAAGAACCAGUGGUUGACAGCUGGAUUUUUUUAAUCAGUAACCAAAAACCUCACCUGAUUCAUUCUCCAACGGGCAAAGUUUUAACCUUACCCAAGGUUAGCAAUAUAAAUAAACAUAAUCUCUAAUGCUUUUCAAGUUUAAAGGCACUGGAUACUAUUGGUAAAUGCUCAAAA